AACGAUUUACUUAUACUAAUAGACUGCGUGACGACGUCCAAUUAACAGGACGAACUUCUUUCGCGUCUCGCUAGUUUAGUCUCUAGUUCUCUUUACUUUAUUUUACUCCGAAAUUAUUUACUUUUUCCUAGAACUUGAGAUUACGUGUCUCUUUGUCUUUCACUUCUUCAUUCAAUAUCAAUCCGAUGUUCAAGAUUUCACAUCAGUGAUUACCAACCCUUUUCGGUUGGUUGCCCAAUCCAACGAUCUCUAUUUUUUCAACAUACUUCUUGCUACUUUGCAGUCAACUAGAUCAUCUUAUUUAUAAAAGAGCUAGCUGGAGGUACAAAGAUGAAACCAGACGAAUUGAUCCCUCUUGAACGGCGGGCUUUGGAAACAAUGUCCGAGACAUCUGAAGGCACUACAACAACAAGUGUCUCAGGUCAUCAUGGAUUCGAAACACGUGAAGAACUCCUAGAGUUUGCAACUAUGUUAGGAGUUACUAAUGUUGAUGAUUUGCAUCGUGAACGCUUCCGAGUUGAUCGCCGUAAACUGGAACAGAUGCUUUUGGGAAACGAUGACAAUUUAGAACCUGCUGAUACAUUUUUUCAUAAGAUAAUGGAUAAGACAAACACUCUCAUAACGUGGCCAUCGCGAUUGAAAAUUGGUGCCAAAUCGAAAAAAGAUCCACACAUCAAAGUGGUGGGUCGAAUGGAAGAUGUUCGAUUAGCUAAAGAGAGAAUUAUGCAAGUAUUGGACACACGGCAGAGUAUGCGAGUAACAAUGAAGCUGGAUGUAAGUUACACUGAUCACUCACACAUUAUUGGAAAAGGUGGCUUAACAAUAAAACGUGUGAUGGAAGAAACAGGAUGCCAUAUUCAUUUCCCUGACAGUAAUCGAAGCAAUCAUCAAGAAAAAAGUAAUCAAGUGUCUAUUGCUGGUGAAUUAGAAGGAGUUGAAAAAGCUCGUGCUCGAGUUCGUAAUCUUACGCCGUUGAUUUUUUCAUUUGAAUUGCCAAUAAUGGGUUCAAUACAAACAAUCCCGGACUCAACAUCACCUUACAUCAUCAAAAUUCAAGAAAAGUACAAUGUACAGGUCAUGUUCCGUACUCGACCAAAAUUGCAUGCUACACUUGUGGUCGUUAAAGGAUGUGAAUGGGAAGUAGCUCAAGUAAAAGAAGCUACAUCUUUUCUUAUUCAUCAAAUGUGUAAAAAUUUGGCGAACCAAAUUUCCGUACAAAUGACUAUGGAAAUUUCGCCACAACAUCAUAGUAUUGUACUUGGUAAACAAAAUAGCAAUUUGAAGCUUAUUAUGCAACGUACAUCUACUCAGAUUAUUUUCCCUGAUGCUGGUGACCCAAACAUACCCAGCCUAAAAAAAAGUUGCGUAUUGAUAAUAGGAGGAAUUAAUGACGUUUAUCUCGCUCGUCAACAAUUGAUUGGAUCACUUCCUCUCGUACUGAUGUUUGAUCUUCCCGAAAACUCUGUUCCGUCUUUCGAUACUGAUGGAAUAUCACAAUUGAUGCAAAAUUUAGACGUUUUCAUCAAUAUUCGUCACAAACCAAAACAGAGUAGUCUUUCGGUAAUUAUAAAAAGUGUUGAGAGAAAUGCAAGUAAAAUGUAUGAAGCAAGAAGGCAGUUAUUGAGUCUAAAAGAACCGAAAGUUCAAGCAUCAAUACCAUCAUCAUACAACAUUCCACAUGCUAACAACGCCUUCUUGGGAAAUUCACAUUCAAUGAAUGGAAACUUAAUGGGAUUCUCAGAUUCUCUAGCCAAUGUACAAUUAACAAUCAAUACUCAAACCCCAUCACCGUACAGUCUAUCACCAUUAUCAUUGUCUCCAAACCCGAUGAACUUUUCAUCAAAUUGGGCAAUUCCUUCGCUCUUUUCUCCUAUUAUUAAUCCUACUUCGUAUCCCUUUAAUCAUCCGAAUGUGCAACUCCUAGCUGCAACACGUCAAGCUAUGCAAGCAAAUUUACUUAACAGUCAACAACAACACCAACAAAAUAAUCACAAAUUAAAUAAUCCAUUCCAUAACCAUUUAGUUGAUUAUUUAUCAUACAGCAGUGCUUCUAGUACACUGUCAAGUCCUACUGAUAGCCCUCGGAAUGUUUCUCCAAUUGGAACAGUUGAGCAUGCUACAAGUAUGGAUAUUUCAAGUGUAUUAUCAGAUCUUUCAUUAUCUGAUCGUCAGAGUGAUAGUAAUUCAGUAAUGACUGAAUUACCGAAACAACAACCAAAACAACACUCUCAAAACCAUCUGUCUACAUUUGAUUAUGAACAGAAGAAAAUUUUAGCUGUGAAGGCCAUGCAAAAUAAACUUAAAUCUUCUGAAUAUCGAGUUCCAACAACUACUUGGUCAGGAUAUGGAUUCAGUCAGACAAUGCCUGCAACUAUUACUUCGUUAGAUUCGACUGCCAAUCAGACAUGUAAUUUACUUAAUGAGCAUUCAUCGAACAUUUGGGAUGAUCCGAAAACUCCUUUGGCAUACACACCACCAUUGAAUUUCAAUCUUGAUACUGAAAAAGACGACCCACUUCCGUUAGGUAUGACUUCUACUUACGUCGAUCACACACCGAAUUCACGACUUGAGAAAAUUCUUUCUGGAUCUCAUACUGAUUUAGCGAGUAUGCUAGCUAGUGUUGGCCUUGAAAAAUAUAUACGCCUCUUAACAUCUCAUGAAGUUGAUAUGACUACAUUCCGUUCACUAACUGAAAAAGAUUUGAGUGAGAUUGGAAUUACUGCUUGGGGUGCCAGACGUAAAAUUCUUCUACUUAUUGCCGAAAUUAACAAACGAACUAUGCCAUUUUCUGGAAGUGCUGCACCGGGAGCUGAACGAAAGUCGUCUUUAACAAAUUCGUCAAAAUCCAAUUUACCCAGUGCAAACAUCGAAAAUAAAUGGUAGUUCUUACUAUUUUCAUAAAUUAAAGAAAAAAAACAAGGAAGUGAAAUUUUUAUCGUAGUGGUAUUUGUUAAAUAAUUAGUAAGUGGAAGGUUGUAACGUACUUAAUGCAUGUAUUUAUAUUUUAAAAAAUGAUAAAAUCAAAAAAAAAAAAAAUUAAUUAAAUGAAUGAAAUUUUGUUAAACACGUGAAUUAUAUAUACUCAAAAAUCAUGCAUGUAUUUUCUAUUUUUUUGUUUCUAAUGUAUUCGCUUCCUUGUUAAUAUUGUACCAAGUACAAAGAAAGAAUAAUUAAGUAUAUUUUGCCACAAUAAUAUGGUAUAAAUAAUAAUAACAUUUAUACACAGCAGAUCUUUCAAUGCGCUUAUGCUGGUAAUUACGCGUAUAUGCAUGAUAAAUAAUUUAUAGAAUUUUUAUUAUAUUCGAAUUUAUUAGAGGAAUAAUCCAAUUAUAAUUAUUGAAGAAUUAUAUACAGUAAAGAAAUUUCAAAUUGUAUACUGACUGGUAUUUACGAAACCGUGUCGUAUUUUUGUAUCUGUGAUACUUUCCCGAAAUCAAAAUGAUUCUACAUGGGAAAAUAAUUAGUAAAUGAAAUUUAUUUAACCAUCAUAGUCACAUUAAAAAAUACACACCAAUAUUUCUUAAA